CUUCUUCGAGUGACCUGCUGUUUGGUCGAGAACUGUAGACCGCUUUAUGCUCAGCCUCGCCCAGAGUCCAGUCGGAGGGUAUUACUCCGAAGCUGACGCGCUACUCAGCCAGCACAAUCUGCGUCGCAAUAUGUGCCUACUCUGUUCGCUGUCCAUAAAUAAAGGCUUGUGUUCUCCGUUCUAGGGUAUUAUGGAUGUUUAGUCCAUAGUGUUGGUGGUGGAGGGGUGGUUGUGCGCCGAGGUGAACCGCAUCCUCUCCGCGAUGACGUCAAACAUCGUCAACCUCUGUGCACGUCCCUUCCACGGGACUGACAGGAAGUAUGGGCAUGGGACGUCCAGUGCCUUUGGCUCUGAAUACAGCUAGGAAUGGAAAGUACAGGUCUCGCUUCGCCAGCGAGCGCAAACGUAUGCGCAGACUCGACAGAUGGAGGACUGUCACAGCGCUGGGUGCCGUCCAUCUAUCGCCCCGGAGCAGGUCCGCCCAUCGAUCUUUUGGCUUCUAGUCGAUCACACCUCAGUGUGGUCAGAGAAGCUCUGCAGUCGCUCGACAGCUACAAUGAGCGCAUUGCACGCCAACCCUACGACUUCAAUGCCUGGUCACGCCGAGGAAACUGCAUGAUGAUCCUUGGGUUUCCCGAACUUGCUGUCGCUGACGCGUAUAAAGCCAAGGUUCUUGAGAAAAGAGCUCCUGGAAACGACCAAGAAAGGGCGCACAUUUACAAUUUGCUUGAAGCUGCUUUGCAAGCUUGUCAUUGCCAAUGGGAUGCAGCAGAAAUUCUAGACGAAUCAGCAAUCGAUGCAGAUCCGCGGCGGCAGGAAGAAACCCGAAAGAGACUUGCUAAAUUACGUGAGCUCUUAAAGCGGAAAGAAGAGGCUGCUAUACCAUUGGGUGGUACAUCUUUCGAGCUCAGAGAUAGGAUAAGAGAUGGUGGAGUACUCGCUGUAGAGUAUCCAUGGACCAUUGAACGCCAUCUCAGAAGGGCUCCAGAACUCGUGAAGCUCGUUAAUCAGGAGCUUCGAGGGGGCGAAACAGAGGCAACGUGCUAUCUGGGCCAAAGUAGCUUGGCCAAGGACUCGAAUGAAGACAUGCUAGGCAUGUUCGCAGCUCGCGAGGUACAAGCUGGCGAAUGUAUACUUACAGAUCGAACCGCUACCGGUAUAUGUAGUACACCAUCCUCGGACUCCUGCUGUAAUUGCUACGCGCGCUUACCGGAAAAUCCAACACAGGCAGAAUGCUGCGCUGAAAGCUACUGCUCAGCAGCAUGCCUCAAUCUCGCAAUGAACACCUAUCACAAAGUCAUCUGCGGUAAAGACUUUACGUGGCUCCAGAAACCCGCCAAGGGCUUGACGCACAACGCUUCGCCUCUACGAUCCCUUCUCAUGUUGCGGCUACUGGCGACAUGCGUCCAAUCUGGUAUUGAUCAUUCACCGCUAGAUCACCCGCUGAUUGCGCGUCUGAAGCCUCUUGCCAACAAAGAGCAUCUUGAUGUGUUCACUCUCAAUGAGUCAGUCAUUGUUCCGAUCAAGAUCCUAGAACAACUUGGCGUCGAUAUCUUCACAAAUCGUAACUUCGAUACGGACAUCUUACACUCGAUCUGGACUCGUCUAGCGAACAAUAAAGCUGGGUCUCCCGACCCGCGACUUGGCUUCGUCGACGAAAUCACGCCGCAUCUACCACUAUUCAACCACAGCUGCGAACCGAAUGUAGAGUGGAGAAGGGAGAACGGAAGUACAACUGUGAGCUUCUUUGCCAUCAAGCCUAUUGCAAAGGGUGAGGAGUUAUUCUGUAGCUACCUGAAUGUUCAACGCAUUCCGAUGGAGCAAAGGCAGGAGAUGUUGUGGCCGUGGUUUGAGGGCUCGUGUUUAUGCUCGAGAUGUGAAAAGGAGGGAAAUAGUUUACGCAUCUAGUUUGUGGUAUCAUUAACUUCUCUGGAGGCAUUCAUAACGUCGUAGGCAAGUUAAGUUCCAAAAGGGAAGAUAAUCUGUCCAUCUACUACAAACC